AUGAAAAUUGUCAGAGAAAGAGCUGAUGCUGCACGUCUUGAGCUUGAGACAGCUGGAGACGUGGAGCUAGUACAAGUCGCCGAAAAGGAGAUUGACAACAACAACAACAACAACUAUGACAGUACCGCAGAGGAUGCACAAAUGCCACAACAAACAAUUCUAACAAGACAACCUGGAUAUUCUUGUAGACAACUACAAUGGAUACCUGGAGCCUAUCCCGUUGAUGGUCCAUUUCUUGCAAAUGACAGGAGUAAUACUGGUACCAGUGAGGAAGGCCUUGACAAUUGGGUUGAAGAAAUUGCAGAUGAUGAAAUCAUUGCACAUCCUAUAGACGAUGAUCAGCAGAUAGACUUGUUACCCAAUGCAGAGCCACUUCCAACGGACCAGAGAUCAAGACAGUACUGGAGGCAAAAAUUGCUUUGUUCCCUUUCCGCUGAGAUCAUUGUGGCUCUCCUUGUUGUGUCUAUUAUUGUCCUCAUUUUUGUGCUGACAUCCACACAAGGAAACAGAAAUCAACUACAAAAUCAAAAUGAAUCAAUCCAUAUUCCUGCAAAUCCUGUGGAAGUUGCAACAGAACAGACCUUUUUGGAGUCACUCAAUCUACCUCACUACACACAAGAGGCUCUGGCAAACUCCAGAUCUCCUCAGUCCAAGGCAUAUCAAUGGUUGGUCAACAACAUCAAUAACCAAACCUUCUUCACUCAACCAGAUCUACCAAAAUGGAGACUGGCACAAAGAUUUGCUCUGGCCACAUUCUACUGUUCCACAAGAGGGGACUAUUGGGUGAAACAUCGUGGCUGGCUGGAUUGGGAGACUAAUGAAUGCAGCUGGGAACAAAUUUUCUGGAAUCUCACAUUCUCUCCAGACCUGUCCUGUAAUGAGAUGGGAGAAAUCAAGGCACUGGUAUUUUGGAAUGCCAACAAUCUGGAAGGAACACUUCCUCCUGAGAUAUUCUUGCUGGGCAAUGGCUUACAAACAUUGCAGAUUUCUGGAAACGCUGAACUUUCUGGAACCCUCCCAACAGAGAUUGGACUCUUGACAAACCUCACAAUGAUGUCAUUUGGUUUAUCUGGUCUUUCAGGCAGCCUUCCAACAGAGUUGGGUUGUCUGCAAUAUCUUACCAGUCUCAGAGUCACCCACAGUCACAUCUCUGGGCCUCUUCCUUCAGAGCUUGGCAAUUUGUUGAACCUAACAGAUCUUACUUUGAUAAACACAGCUCUCACAGGGACCUUCCCCAUGAACCUUGGAGAGCUAUCAGAACUCUUUGUUCUCUUUUUGGAAGAUUGGAACAUCAAAGGGACGCUACCUGUGGAGAUCAAAAAAGUAACCAAUCUGGCUCUGCUUACUCUCCAGAAUUGUUCAAUCUCCGGAACCUUUCCUCGUGUGCUAUCAGAGUUGCCCAAUCUCGCCCAGUUGAAGCUUGGCUCAAACCAUUUGAAUGGUAGACUACCACCUCAUCUCUUGUCGGAACUGACAAAGUUGCAGGUGUUGUCCAUCAAGGACAACCUGUUCUCAGGCUCCAUUCCAACAGAAAUUGGUGUGCUCUCCAGUCUCAAGCAGCUGGAACUGCAGAAUACAUACCUAUCUGGCACAAUUCCGACGGAGCUGCAUGCCUUGGACAACUUGACAAGCUUGGUACUGAAAAAUACUUUGUUAUCAGGCAGGAUCCCUGACAAGCUGUGCAGCAAAUUGUACAAAGAGAGAUUUCAGUGUUUUGUGAUGAAUGAUGGACAACACAGUCCAUCUUGGCUCAGCAUCACUUGCAAGAGGUCAUCACAUGUGAUUACAUCACUGAGCAUAGUUCAAUCCAAGGGUGGCGUGGCUUCCGCCAUCAUGCGUUCGGCUUCCAUACGUCAAGAAAAAGCUUCCGGGUCAACUCAGAAAUUGACCUCCGUGGUGCAAACUGCCUUCAUGGAUCCUUUGGGAGUGGAGGUCGUUGGUUCCAUCGGCACACACCUGACACUCAUGGUGCCUGGCUUUGAGUGGACUGGUGACAGGGUGUUCCAGGAAGCAACGCGCAUGCUUCAAUGGGAACUUGGAACCCAACAGAUAUGA